CACAAGUAUGGAGGAGACCCCUUCCCUUCCAUGUGUUAUAAAUAUAAAAGGGGUACUUGGCACCUCCAACUGCAUGAACUUAUACAAAGACAUAUCCUUCUUGUAGCUUUCUACAAAACAAAACAAAAAAAAAAACAGAAAACAAAGAGUUCUUGCCAUGGCUGCAUCUUUUUCAGUUCCUUCAAUGGUCCUGGAGGAAGAAGGGAGGUUCGAAGCAGAAGUAGCAGAGGUGCAAGCAUGGUGGAACUCGGAGCGGUUCAAGCUCACGCGCCGCCCUUACUCCGCCCGAGACGUCGUCUCUCUCCGUGGAAACCUCCGUCAGAGCUACGGCUCCAACGAGCUGGCCAAGAAGCUGUGGAGGACCCUCAAGACCCACCAAGCCAACAGCACCGCUUCGAGGACGUUUGGAGCCCUAGACCCAGUCCAAGUCACCAUGAUGGCCAAGCACUUGGACUCCAUUUACGUCUCCGGGUGGCAGUGCUCGUCUACCCACACCAGCACCAAUGAGCCUGGACCCGACCUCGCUGAUUACCCUUACGAUACCGUUCCAAACAAGGUUGAGCACCUCUUCUUUGCCCAGCAAUACCAUGACAGGAAACAACGAGAGGCUCGGAUGAGCAUGAGCAGAGAAGAGAGAGCCAGAACUCCUUACAUUGACUACCUGAAACCCAUCAUAGCCGAUGGGGACACUGGAUUCGGUGGGGCCACUGCCACCGUCAAGCUCUGCAAGCUAUUUGUGGAGCGCGGAGCCGCCGGGGUCCACAUCGAGGACCAGUCAUCGGUGACCAAAAAGUGUGGUCACAUGGCUGGAAAAGUCCUAGUUGCCGUUAGCGAACACAUCAACAGGCUUGUGGCUGCUAGGCUGCAGUUUGAUGUGAUGGGAGUGGAGACGGUGUUGGUAGCUCGAACAGAUGCGGUUGCCGCCACUCUGAUUCAGACCAAUGUGGACACUAGGGACCACCAGUUCAUUUUAGGGUGCACAAACCGGAAUCUCAAAGGAAAGAGCUUAGCUACUUUGCUUUCUGAAGCAAUGACAGCUGGGAAAAAUGGGGCUGACCUCCAAUCCAUUGAGGACAACUGGCUAUCGAUGGCAAAACUGAAGACCUUUUCGGAUUGCGUUGUAGACGCAAUUAAGGAGUCCAAUGCUAAUGAGAUUGAGAAGAGGAGGCGGUUGAAUGAGUGGAUGAACCAUUCGAGUUUCGACAAGUGUGUCUCCAAUGAACAGGCAAGGGAAAUUGCAGAGAGACUAGGGCUUCCAAAUUUGUUCUGGGACUGGGAUUUACCUAGGACCAGGGAAGGGUUUUACCGGUUCAAAGGCUCCGUGAUGGCUGCUGUUGUCCGUGGGUGGGCAUUCGCCAACCACGCGGACAUUAUCUGGAUGGAGACUGCAAGCCCUGACUUGAUCGAGUGCACCACGUUUGCGGAAGGGGUGAAGUCGGUGCAGCCGGAGAUCAUGUUGGCUUACAAUCUCUCGCCUUCGUUCAACUGGGAUGCCUCAGGAAUGAGCGAUGAACAGAUGAGGGAUUUCAUUCCUAGGAUUGCUAAGUUGGGUUAUUGUUGGCAGUUCAUUACUCUGGCUGGUUUCCACGCUGAUGCGCUCAUUGUUGAUACUUUCGCUAAGGAUUUUGCAAGGAGGGGAAUGCUGGCUUAUGUGGAGAGGAUCCAGAGGGAGGAGAGGAGCAAUGGAGUUGACACGCUCGCGCAUCAGAAGUGGUCUGGUGCGAAUUACUAUGAUCGGGUUCUUAAGACUGUCCAGGGUGGGAUUAGUUCUACUGCUGCCAUGGGGAAAGGAGUGACCGAGGAGCAGUUCAAGGACACAUGGACUCGGCCAGGAGCUACGGAUAUGGGCGAUGAUGGCAGUACUGUGAUUGCCAAGUCAAGAAUGUAGGAGACAGAUUCGAUAAUGGUGAUUCGCGGUGAGCUUGGGGGAAUCUCCUGUGUCUUCGUUUUGCAGAACCGCAAGGACAAAUAAUCGCGUUUUGAAUAAUUUCCAAUUGGUGAUCGGGUCAUUGUGGGCGCUUUUAAGCCCAGACAUUCUAUGUUGGUUACUAUUGUGGCUCUCUGAAACUUUAUUAAAGAACAAAGUUGUUCUACGCUUUGUAUUUUCGGUUUCGUUACGUGGGUUGGAAUAUGUACUGUGAAAGCUAUAUCGUGUCUUACUUUCUCUGGUAACAACCUUUUGUUCAUU